ACCUUGCUGCAGCUGCACACUUCAGGCUGGCUGCACAAAGAGUUCAGGUCGGACAAUGUGCUGUUUUUUCGAGACUCUGCUGAAGAUCCUGGCGCUUUUCUGCGCUCCAAAUUGCGCGUUACAGGCUACGCUCAUGCACGCCUUGAUCGCCCUACCGAGCCCACGGAGCCUUUGCAAUCGGAGCUUGAGGCGGAUCUCUAUCGCCAUCCAGCUUGUCUGCGUCAACACCGAGAGUCUUUCCAACGCGCGUUUGACAUGUUCAGCGUCGGAUGCGUGCUGAUUGAGCUGGGUCUUUGGCGAAGUCUU